CCCCCUCUUCUCUCCCCUCCCUUUUAUAUUUCCUCCUCUCUUUGACCCUUUCUCUGUGUCCCUUCUCUCUCUCUCUCUCGUGGUGUCCGCCAUUCUCUCUCCAGCUUGUUUGAAAAAUGGCUGCCGUGAGAAUCUCUUCCCCGUCCAUGCCCAAGGCUGUUCUCAGUAACCAACCAGCUAAGCUCAUCGUCAACAAGAGCCGAAGCAUGUCCCUUGGAUCCACCAAGAAAGUGUCUGGAUAUUUCGGGUUGAAAUGCUCGGUGAACUCCGGCCCGACCAUGUCAGCCACCUACAAGGUCAAGCUGAUCGGACCCGAGGGGGAGGAGACCGUGUUAGAUGUUCCGGAAGACCAGUUCAUCCUGGACGCAGCCGAGGAGGCGGGAGUCGACCUGCCCUACUCUUGCAGGGCCGGCGCCUGUUCCACCUGUGCCGGAAAACUCGAUUCGGGCACUGUGGACCAAUCCGACGGCUCGUUUCUUGACGAUGAUCUAAUUGAAAAAGGGUUUGUCCUCACUUGCGUGGCCUACCCUCAAUCCGAUUGCGUGAUCCACACCCACAAGGAGAACGAACUCUUCUAAGCUUCGUCGCAUGGAUUUAGAGAUUGCGGGUUUCGUCAAUUGAGAGAUCCUUGGUCGUGAUCUUAUCGAAAAACUUGUUUGGUGUUAAUAGGGUAAUGUUCUUGUUCAAGUUUCACUUUCUGUUUCUUGAGUUGUGUUCUGUAGUGAAUUUGUCUAAGCUGUUUCCUUACCAGAAUGUCCCAACAGGAACUGGGUCAUAAAAUGUGAACCGGUUUUGGGCUGGUUAAUAAAACGCUUCAUGUGAAAUUGAACUUUUGGUUAAUGCUA